AUGAAGCACUUAUGCUAAUGAUUAGACGACAACGUACUGUUGAAACAGUCGAUGUUAAUGGUCGUUUACCAGAAAGAUUAAGAAAGACAUAUCGUGAUGAAGAUUUCAUCUUGCACGAAGACAAAAAUUUAAUUAUAUUCACAACAAAAACUAAUUUAUCCAUUCUUAAGCAAAACAAACAUUGGUUCGCUGAUGGAACAUUCAAAGUGUGUCCUGAUGAUUAUUAUCAACUCUUCACAUUACACGCGAUGAUGACCAAUGCAAUUAUUCCUCUCGUCUAUGGGUUAUUAAUUGGUAAAAAUUCAGAAGAUUAUAAUUUAUUUUUCGAAAAAGUUUUAGUACAAGACAACUUCCAACCUGAAUCAAUUAUGACUGAUUUCGAAACUGGCACAAUCAAAUCAGUGAAAGAUAUGUUGCCAAAUGUGUUACACAAAGGUUGUCUCUUUCAUUUUUCACAAGCGGUAUGGCGACAAGUUCAAAGCAAAGGAUUAACAACCAAAUAUAAUGAGGAUGAGUAUUUUCGCUUAAAUGUAAAAACAUUAAUUGCUCUUGCUUUUGUUCCACUAGAUCAAGUUAUCACUGGCUUUGCCUUAAUUUGUGAUCAAUUCGACGAUGACGCCGACGAUUUACUUGAUUAUUUUGAAAAAACAUGGAUUGGUGAAAAAAGAAGAAGAGGAGCUGGUCGAAAGAAUCCUGAAUUUGAUCAUAAAUUAUGGAACGUUUGUGAUCGUGUCGUCGCUACGAUACCUCGAUCCAAUAAUUCGGUGGAAGGUUGGCACAAUGCAUUUGCUAACCGUGUUGCAUUAAAUCAGCCAAAUAUUGUGAAAUUGGCGGAGAAAAUUCGUCGUGAACAAUCAAAAUUUGAAGUGGACAUGGCGAAGAUUCUUCAAGGUCACAUUAUUAAGACGAAAAAGGCCUGCUAUCGAAAAUUGGACGAACGUAUUAGUCGACUGGUCAACGGAUUCGACGCAUCUCAGCUGGAUGAAUUCUUAAAAAAUAUGGCAGCCAAUGUUACUCUUUAGGUAUUUUUUUUUCUUUAAAUUACUUUCUUUCUUUAUUUUUUUUUUCUUUAGAUUAUUUUCUUUUUCUUUAGAUUAUUUUCUUUUUGAUUUUUCUUUCUUUUUUGGUU